UUUCUUUCUCUCUCUCGCGCUCUCUUUUCUCUCAUUCGCUUUCUUUCUCUCUUCUCGCUCUGAUUUGUUUUGUUUUUUUUUUCCAAGUUGUAUUCCGUGGCGUACGUACAUUUGGAGUAUAGUCUACACGGAAUCGGUCUUCGUUUCUUGGUUUCAAUCCUUGUGGUCUUUCAUCUGGUGUUCUUUCUUUCUGUUCUUGUGUCCAAUGCCAGAGUCUGGAGUUGAGUUUGGAUGAGAUUUUGAUGCGGAGCUUGCUUUUGAAGUAAGAUUUAAGUUGGAUCUUUCUCUGGAGCAUGGUUGAUGCUUUUGGAUCAGCAAUGGCGUCGCUUUGAGGUUUGGUUUCAUGAAGUUCAGUGUGUAAGAGUUAGAUUGCAACUGCUCUGAAUGAAGAUGAAGUUAAAGAGGUGGUCUGGAGGUGCUGUAAUAUUUUCCUUAUUCAUACUGUUAGUUCUCAGGUAUGGGAUAAUAGAGAAUCCUUUAGCGGAAAGGUCGUUUAGGGGUUCAUUCUCUCGCAAUACUUCUGACCAUUUACAAUGGGUUGCUGUUGCCGAUCCACCAUCAGUUCAAAAUCCAGAGAAUGGGUCUCAAGUAAUUUCAGCCGAUAACUUAGUCUCCAAUCUUUUUAGUUUUAGAAAUUUCUCCCAAGGAGAGCUACUGGCUUUACAAACUUGGAACCAUUUUGAGCACCUGAUUACCCAUGCUCAAGGGUUACCUCAUGCAAUUGAGGCUAUCAAGGAAGCCGGAGCUGCAUGGAAAAAACUUAUGGUCUCGGUUGAAGAUGAAAGCCUUAGCGCUUCAGGGAAUGGAAGCGCCCAUCAAAAGGCAAAGGAGAAGCAGUGUCCUUAUUCCAUUAAAAGGAUGAAUGUAUCUGAAUUUGAUAAUGGAAGUUUUAAGUUUAACAUUCCUUGUGGACUGGUUCAAGGUUCUUCAGUUACUUUUAUUGGUACUCCUGACGGCCUUCUUGGAAAUUUUCGGAUAGAUUUAACAGGAACAACAGUUCCAGGUGAACCAGAUCCUCCAGUUGUCCUGCACUACAAUGUCCGACUUCAUGGAGAUAAAAUCACGGAGGAUCCAGUGAUUGUACAAAACACAUGGACUGCAGGAAAUGACUGGGGUCCAGAGGAGCGUUGUCCUUCUCCAGACCCUAAGGGGAUUAAGAAAGUGGAUGAUUUGGAGCAAUGUAGCGCAAUGGUGGGCAAAGAUGAUAAAAGAGUCCUCGCAUCUACGAGACAUUUAAAUGCUUCAAAACGAUCUUCUAACAAAGAGGGGGCUAAACCUAAACAAUAUUUUCCUUUUAAGCAAGGAUAUCUUGCGAUUGCCACCCUUCGUGUCGGGGUUGAAGGGAUACAGAUGACUGUUGAUGGGAAGCACAUAACUUCUUUUGCUUACCGAGAGAGCUUGGAGCCAUGGCUUGUUAGUGAAGUAAGAAUUUCAGGAGACAUCAAUUUAAUAUCUGUCCUUGCAAGUGGUUUACCCACAUCAGAGGAUUUAGAACAUGUGAUUGAUUUGGAGUUGCUGAAGUCCCCUCCUCUGCCCAUGCAUAAAGCUGUGGAUCUUUUCAUUGGAGUCUUUUCUACAGCAAACAAUUUCAAGAGAAGAAUGGCAGUCCGGAGAACGUGGAUGCAAUAUGAUGCUGUGCGGUCUGGAGCCGUUGCAGUUCGUUUUUUUGUUGGCCUGCAUAAAAACGAAAUGGUGAAUGAGGAACUCUGGAAUGAGGCACGCACCUACGGAGAUAUUCAGUUGAUGCCCUUUGUUGAUUAUUAUAGUCUAAUUACCUGGAAGACUGUAGCCAUUUGCAUUUACGGGACAAAUUCUGUAUCAGCCAAGUAUGUAAUGAAAACGGACGAUGAUUCUUUUGUUCGUGUAGAUGAGGUGCUUGCCUCUUUAGACACAGCAAAUGUGACAAAGGGGUUACUGUAUGGGCGGAUCAAUUCUGAUGCUCAACCUCAUAGAAACCCCGAAAGCAAAUGGUUUAUUAGCCCCGAGGAAUGGCCUGAAGAAAAAUAUCCUCCUUGGGCUCAUGGUCCAGGAUAUGUAGUAUCAAAGGACAUUGCAGAGGCAAUCUAUGAACUGCAUAAAGAGGGCCAUUUGAAGAUGUUCAAGCUGGAGGAUGUGGCCAUGGGAAUAUGGAUAGCGGAAUUGAAGAAAAAGGGAUUAGCCAUUAACUAUGUGAAGGAGGAGAGGGUUUAUAUCGAAGGCUGUGAAUCUGGGUAUGUGGUUGCCCACUAUCAGGAGCCAAGAGAGUUACUUUGUCUGUGGGAUAAGCUUCAAGACACCAAGCGGGCGUUGUGUUGCGGAGAGCCUUGAGACUCAUUACACUGGAACAAACACAUAAGAAGAAAAUUCAAAGCUAGUUAUUGAACUGGUUUUGGCUUUUCCCGGCAGCUGGCACCCCCGCGAGAGAUUUUUCUUGUCUAACUAUAGUUUUCCCUGAAAAGAAUACGAAAAACCACUUAGGUUCUACUGAUCACUGGAGAUAUGGCAUUAACAUGAAUUCAUUGUUCUUUGACCGGUUGUAUAGGCAGCAUUAGAUUGUGGUUUUAUGGUAGGAGACAUGUAGUCUUCACCAUACAUGAUAUAGAUAGAACUGCAAAUUAGGCUUGAGUUUAGUGACUGAGAUUACAGUAGUUUAUUGAAUGUAAACAUCUCUUUAUAGAAAAAUGGCACAUUCAUUUACCACUUCUUUCUUAUGUGAAUAUUAAUUUUUGUUUCAAUU